CUCUCAUCCAUUGACACUACAUGGAUCCACAGUAUUUGGGUUUCCAGCCAACUGACUGCUGCCGUGUACUGGAGGGGGUUCGGUUGAACCAGUUUACUUUUCAAAUACUGGCGACUCUCUGCACAGAGAACAGCCAUGUCUCCUUCAGUACCCCUGCAGGAGAUGAUCCGGGCCAUCAGGUCAGCCAGGACGCAGUGUGAGGAGCGAGGUGUCAUCCAGAGGGAGUGUGCGGCCAUCCGUGCACAGUUCAGACAGGCAGACAAUGGGGGGCGAUCGCACAACCUGGCCAAGCUGCUCUAUGUGCACAUGCUGGGCUACCCAGCUCACUUCGGUCAGAUGGAGUGUGUGCGGAUGAUAGCCAGCCCUCGAUACAGCGAGAAGCGUGUGGGGUAUCUCGGAGCCAUGAUGCUGCUGGAUGAGAAGCAGGAUGCUAGUUUGCUCAUCACCAACUCCAUCAAGAAUGACCUCUCUCACAGUAACCAGUACGUUCAGUCUCUGGCUCUGUGCACGCUGGCCUGUAUGGGUUCAGCCGAGAUGUGCAGGGAUCUGGCACCAGAGAUCGACAGACUGCUACGAGCCUCCAACUCCUACAUAAAGAAGAAGGCUGCUCUGUGUGCUGUUCACAUUGUGAGGAAAGUCCAUGAACUCGGGGAGCUUUUUGCGCCUGCCGCUCGCUCCCUCCUCUCUGAGAAGAACCACGGUGUGCUGCAUGGCGCUGUGGUGCUUAUCAUUGAGCUGUGUGAGCGGAACCCAGAAACACUGGAGCGCUUCAGAAAGACGGUGCCAGAUCUGGUUCAGAUCAUGAAGGGUCUGGUGCUUUCGGGUUAUUCUCCAGAGCAUGACGUGGCAGGAAUCAGUGAUCCCUUUCUACAGGUCCGCAUCUUGAGGCUGCUGAGAAUCCUCGGUCACAACAACGAAGGAGCCAGUGACGCCAUGAACGACCUACUAGCUCAGGUGGCCACCAACACCGACAGCACUAAGACUGUGGGUAACGCUGUCCUGUACGAGACUGUUCUCACCGUGCUAGACAUCAAGUCAGAGAGCGGCCUCAGGGUUCUGGCGGUGAACAUCCUGGGAAGAUUUCUCCUGAACAACGACAGAAACAUUCGGUACAUUGCCAUGACAUCUCUUCAAAAGAUUGUUGGGACGGACCACAAUGCAGUGCAGCGCCACCGGGGAACCAUCGUGGACUGCUUAAAGGACCAGGAUGCUUCAGUCAAGCGCCGCGCAUUGGAGCUCUCCCUGGCGCUGGUGUCGGCGACAAACAUCCGCUCCAUGAUGAAGGAGCUUCUCAUCUUCCUCUCCUCCUGCCCCGUCGAGCUCAAGUCUCAUGCUGCCAGUGGCAUAUUCAACGCUGCAGAGAGGUAUGCCCCCUCCCAGCGCUGGCACAUUGACACCAUCCUGCAUGUCCUCACCACGGCAGGGGGGGACGUGAGAGAUGAAACUGUGCCCAACUUAAUCCAGCUCAUCACCAACGCAUCGGAGCUGCACUGUUACACCGUGCACAAGCUCUACCGGGCUCUGCUCAUCGACAUCUCCACGCAAUCCCUGGUGCAGGUGUCGUGCUGGUGUAUAGGAGAGUACGGAGACCUGCUGCUGAGAGGAGAGUGUCAGGAGACUGAGCCUGUGCAGGUCACGGAGGAUGACGUCUUGGACGCCUUGGAAACAGUUCUGCAGUCCCACAUGUCGUCCCCGGCAACCAGAGGAUUUGCUCUCACCGCCACCAUGAAACUGAGCACGCGCAUCACCGAUAACGUCGAUCGCAUCAGGAGCGUCGUCAGCAUCUACGGCAGCUGUAUAGACGUGGAGCUCCAGCAGAGGGCGGUUGAAUACAACGCUCUGUUCAAAAAAUACGACCACAUGAGGGCAGCCGUGCUUGAGAGGAUGCCUGUGAUUGAGAAGAACUCACCGGGUCAUACCAACGGAGAGUCAACGGGGGAGGCGCUCAAGGAGACCCAGGGGUCCAGAAUGAAGCCAACGGAGCCCAAGCAGCUCCCACAACCUGCUAACCAGGUGUGUGACCUGUUGGGCCUGCUUGGGGGCUCUGAGGAGACCCUGCAGCCCGGCCCCUUUGCGGCCCCGGGCCUGCUCACCAACACCGCCAGCACUGCAGGGGGAGACCUGCUGGAUCUGCUGGGGGACUUAGAGCCUGAACCCCUCACACCAGCUCCCAUCGUGCCGGUGUACGAUAAAGACGGUGUGGCGCUGACCCUGAGUUGUGAGAAGCAGUCAGACGUCGCCCUGACGGUCACGCUAACAGCCUCCAACUCCACGGACGCAGACAUCAGCAGCUUCACCCUGCAGGCUGCCGUGCCUAAGAGUGUCCAGUUACACAUGAAGGCUCCCAGCGGGGACUCUCUUCCUGCACGAGGCGCAGCUAAGGUGACCCAGAUGGUCGUCCUGAACAACCCAAACAAGGUGAACCUGAAGAUGAAGGUCCGCAUAUCCUACAGCAGCCGAGGGUCGACCUUUCAGGACACGGUGCAGAUCGACAGCUUCCCCGGACUCUGACAGCAGCCAGUCACUGAACAGGACGACGACAAAACUCAGCAGGAACCUCACAGAUGGCGCACUACCGCCUAAAGCUGCUGUUUCUAAGAAUGCCUGAUUUUCUUAAGUGUUUUUACAGCUGAUGAAUCCCACAUGAGCCUGAACUCACCAUAUCUCCUAGAAUCCACGUGCAAAUGUGUCCGAUUGGCAUUAUUUAAUAUGGCACAAGCUUUAGAAUUUGCCCGUGUAAUACUAAAAUAGGAGUAGAUUUUUCUGGGAUAUUUGCAAACAAAUCUGUCCGGAAAAAAGUCUCACGUUUUUUAAAACUGUUUCACUCCAUAAAUAUGUCCCUUCAUGCGGUUCCUGUCAGUUUGCAACACUAGAUCUAUUGUCCUCACGUUUGAAGUGAUUUUUCCUAUGAAGUAUUUGCCUUUUACCAUUUUAACUUUGCUGUACUAAUGACGCAUCACCAUGAAACGCUCUGAUCCAGGACACUUGAUUUAACGGUUAAACGCAGGGACAUAAAUUACAGAUGGAAGGGUUUAGGAUCGUAAAACAACCUUAGGUGUUGCAGAUUUAUCAUGCCUCAUUCAGCUCGGAAAAUCCACCUCAUUAAUCCCCCUGUGCCUUUCAUCCCCUCAACAAGGUUUCCUUAUCUCAUGUACAAAAAUAAUGCAAUUAUAUUUGGUUUUUGGUGGCAAAGAAAUGGUUUAAAUGUGAGUGAUGUAGUCAUUUAACAUGUGUCUAUCAUUCCAACCCGAGCAUGCUUUUCCUGACCAGUAUCUCCUCGUCUAUUGUUUACAGAGGUUAUUUUAUUUUUCUGAAGACUGUGUACAGUGACAGAAGAAUGGGCAUGAUACCGUCUACGAGAUGUAUAUUUUAGAUUUUCAUUAUAUUAGCACAAUAAGAAGAGUUUUUGGAAAAUCUUGAAUCACCUCAGUAAUUUGAUGACUCAUCUCAUAAUCAUGGAUCUCUAAUUAAAAAAACACUCUGGAUACUGGACGUCAACAAAGGUGCUCUAAAUGGAUUUCAGUGUACCUGACAGAUCACUACCUUAACAUACAAAUGUAAAAGAAAGACCAGGAUGAGUAUUCUUGUUUUCGCCGGUGGUUAAAAUCUGUUUCUUGGCAUUUUCUAAUAAAAAUCUGUUUUCAGUACCGUC